AUGGCGAGCGGGAAGAAAAAGGCAUCCAAGAAUAAAUCCCAGAAAAGCAAUUAUCAUCAAGAAAAUGAUUUUAGUAAUAAGAAGAGGCAGACAACACCUGAUAAACAACAGAAGUCUACACAGAAUGGCCAAACCAAGAAAUCAGAACAAAUUUUGACUGCACCAAAAUCCAACUCCAAGAAAGCCAGUCGUUCACACUGCCCGCAUAUGUGUGUUAUCUUUAUUUUCACCAUAAUGGUGGCUGUGGGAGCAGUUAUAUAUGCUAAUGAGGAAUAUCAAGUAGUAAUUGAAAGGACAUUAGAAGAAUAUAAAGUUCAAGACAAGCUACUUAUGGCAUAUGAUCAACUCAGGUCUCUCAAAAGUCAACUUCAUGAAGCCUUUUUACAGCUUAAAUCUCAAAUUGCUGAGCCUGAAUCUGAAAAAAGUCAGCGACCAAAGAGAGAUUCUGAAGAUCAAGAGACUGGAGAAGAUGUGGAGAAAACGGUGACAGAACAAAAGAUUCAAGAUACACAUGAACAACCAGAAAUCAUUGAUGAGCUCUCACCACAAGACAUUCAUGAAGAAAAUGGUGAUAUCGAUGUAUCAGAACAAAUCCAAGAAUUUGAACCAGAACAUGUUGAAGCUUAUGAGACAGAACAAAUAGAAAUGCCUGAACAAGAACAAGUUGAAUCCUUUGACCACGAUGAAAUUGAACCGCUGCAGGUUGAUGUCACUGAACAAGAAAAAGAGCCGAUAUUAUCUGAGUUUAUCGACCAUGUAAAACUAGAAACUGAGAAACAAGAACCUGUUGAGCUAGGAGUUGAGAAAAUAGAGGUUGACACAGUGGAUUUCCCAGAAGCAAAAGAACCAGAAGUCGUGGAGGUUAUUGAAGAUGAAGAAGAUGCUGCAAAACUAGAGACAGAAGAAGGUGAGGUUCCCAAACCUGUAGAACCAGAAGUAAAUAAACCAGAGCCAGAAGAAUUAAGGGUAGAAGCAGAGAAGAAUGAACCAGGAAAUGUGAUAUUUAAUAAACCUGAACUCGUACAGACCACAGAACCAAUGCAGGAUGCAAUGUCUGAACCAGAACAACCUCAAAUAUCAGAAGUAGAUGAAAAUAUUCAACCAAGUCAACCAGGACUUUCUGAACCAGAGCUGGACCAAUUCAAUGAGCCUGAGAUUAUGAAAGAACAAGAAUCUGAAGCAAGAUCAGUAAAUGAACCAAAACAACCUGAAAUCGCAGAACAAGAACUAGCUCAACCCAUUGAGCCAGAACUUACUCCAGAAAUAGAACCUGAAGUGGUACAUGCUACUGAGGAAGAACAAAUUCUUGAACCAGCUCAGCCACAAGCAAAUGAAUUGGAUCUCAGCAAAUUGAAAGAGCCAGAAGCUGUUGUAGCUACAGAAGAAGGGAAAGAUCCUGAACCAUCACAACCAGAAAUUACUGAACCAAUUGAAGAAGAAAUGGUUACACCAGAACAGUCUGACAUAAGUGAACAAGAUCCUGUUGGUGGCAUGACAGCACAUUCAGAAAUGGCUACAGAGACAGAACAAAAUCAACAAACUGCAGAACUCACAGAAAAGGAAGAAAAAGAAUUGUUUGAACAACUUAAACACGAGCAACAAAAAGCAGUUAAUGAACCAAACAAGAACAAUUUGCAAAAUAAGAUAUCCUCUAUGUUAGAUAAUGAAGAUGACACAGAAGAUGAUGAUGAAACUGAUGGAGACCAAACAAACAUUCAAGGUGUUUCAGAGCAAAUCAGAGAAGAGGUUACUCCAGAACCCAUCAGAGAGGAGGUUACUCCAGAACCCAUCAGAGAGGAGGUUACUCCAGAACCAGUCAGAGAGGAGAUUACUCCAGAACCCAUCAGAGAGGAGGUUACUCCAGAACCCAUCAGAGAGGAGGUUACUCCAGAACCAGUCAGAGAGGAGGUUACUCCAGAACCAGUCAGAGAGGAGGUUACUCCAGAACCCAUCAGAGAGGAGGUUACUCCAGAACCAAUCAGAGAGGAGGUUACUCCAGAACCAAUCAGAGAGACUACUCCAGAACCAAUCAGAGAGGAGACUACUCCAGAACCCAUCAGAGAGGAGGUUACUCCAGAACCCAUCAAGGAGGAGACUACUCCAGAACCAAUCAGAGGGGAGGUUACUCCAGAACCAGUCAGAGAGGAGGUUACUCCAGAACCAGUCAGAGAGGAGGUUACUCCAGAACCCAUCAGAGAGGAGACUACUCCAGAACCAAUCAGAGAGGAGACUACUGCAGAACCCAUCAGAGAGGAGGUUACUCCAGAACCAGUCAGAGAGGAGGUUACUCCAGAACCAAUCAGAGAGGAGGUUACUCCAGAACCAAUCAGAGAGGAGGUUACUCCAGAACCCAUCAGAGAGGAGGUUACUCCAGAACCAGUCAGAGAGGAGGUUACUCCAGAACCGGUCAGAGAGGAGGUUACUCCAGAACCCAUCAAAGAGGAGGUUACUCCAGAACCGGUCAGAGAGGAGGAUGAGAAUAUUGAAACAAGUACUAAAGAGACAGAUACUGAGAAAUCAAAGAAGGAAACAGAGAGAGUAAGAAAAGCAGAGGAGAAGGCAGCAUAUCCACACCUCCUUAUCACAAACAGUCGUGACUACAGAAACAGAAAGAGACUGGAUAGUGCAGACAAACUAAGCGAGGAGGGAGACUUGGAAGAAGCCUUGACUAAAUAUGAUAAGGUUUUACAAAAUUACCCCAAUAGUCCCCGCGCCAAUUAUGGCAAGGGAAUAGUUCUGGACAAAAUGGCUGAAAAAAGGCAGAGUAACGCCUUUCUGGAGCAAGCUAUCAGCAGUCUUGACAAACUUCUCAAUAUCCCAGAUGUUCCUGACAGGCUACUUCAGCUAGGUGGCAGACGAUUGGCUGAGAGACAACAGUUCAGAGGUUGGGGAGAUAAAGCUACAAAGACGUGGCGUCACCUGGUAGAGAAAUUCCCUGAGGACUACAACAUUCGUAACCAGCUAGGUUUGAGCUACAUUCUCAUUGGGAACAUGGUUGCAGCCAAAAAUGUUUUCUCUGAGGUCCUCUCCAUCCAUCCUGUUGAUGGCUUUGCAAAAGUCCACCUUGGCUUCAUACUCAAGUCUGCUGACCUAAACUUCAAGGAGGCUAUUCCAUUACUACAGGAAGGGAUAGCAACAGGUGAACCUGGGACAGAGGAUGGCAGAUUCUAUUUCCACUUGGGGGAGGCACUACAAAGGAUAGGCAAUACAGAAGAGGCAUACAAAUUUUACCAUGAAGGAGCUGCUAAAGGUCUUUUCCUGUCAGCGUACCAGAGGUCACUUUAUAAUGUAUGGACUUUAACCAGUCGACCUUGGUGGACAGUUGAGGAAACAGGAUAUGCAAGACAUAUCAAGCUGCUGGAGGAUAACUGGAAGGUCAUCAGAGAUGAAGCUGUUAGUCUGCUCAAUUCCAACACAGGAGAUUUCUUACCUGAAGAUGAAAACCUCCGGGAAACUGGAGACUGGAAACAAUUAACAUUAUACAGUAGAGGAAGAAAAGAGAAAAACAAUUGUAACAAGGCACCAAAGACUUGUGAACUUAUUGAACGAAUUCCUGAGUCAAAGGAAUGUCGUCGUGGUCAGGUGAAGUUCUCUGUGAUGCAACCAGGAGUCCAUGUAUGGCCUCAUUGUGGCCCAACAAACUGCCGACUUCGUGCCCACCUUGGACUAGUGGUGCCACCUGGUCCCAGAAUAAGGGUCGUCAAUGAAACAAAGUAA